AUGCCCUCAUAUCCGGGACUCGGCCUUGACCUCCGCUAUCAUGUCCAGAACGAGGCUAGACGUAAUCCCCUGAUCAUCUAUCCCAUGGGAAUCCAUGGCAAUUGCUUUGGCUCCGAUUCUGAAAUGCUUCUCAUCCGAGAGGUUGCAAUGAUGACCAUCAUGGAUCGCCUCUCUGACAAACCCGACUUCCACGUCAAGGUCUUUGACGAUGCCAUCACCGAAAAGUGGAUCGACGAAGCCCUUGAUUUCUCGGCCGAAAAGAUGCACGAGGAGAUUAUCAAAGGAUCUGACGUUCAUGGAGAAAUCGGUUGGGAUGGCCGGAAACCCCUCAAGUCCAUUCUAGACAGAGGGUGUCUCGACUACUGCAUCAAGGAGCUACGUGCCAAAGCGGAAUAUUUCAAGAAGACAGGCUUGAUUCCAACACUGGAUGCUUGCGCGUCGAUGGCCAAAUCGGACACCGUGGUGGACGAAUCGCUGCACAAUGCCCUCCGUGCUGCUUUUUGCAGGUUGGAGGAGGACCAAAGGGACAAUCCAGACUGGCAUCCCCGUACCAAUGAGAUUGUCCAAGACCUCGUUCAUCCUUCCAUGUACCCGCUCGUCUAUGGCAGGACACGAGUAUUUGCCGAUGAAGUUGUCGGCGUUGAGGAUGCUAUUGACAAAUGGGCUGGCAAAGGAGAUGUCAUUCCACAGCUCGAGCCCGAACCCGAAGUCAAGAAGUAUCGUCACCUCUACCGCAAUAUUGGUGGUAGCGAAGUCGACCCCACGUUCUGGUCGCCCAAGUAUCAAUGGCUCCCUGCCAAUGUCAAGUUCCAGGACGACGGCAGUGUCAAAUUCACGAGCUACAUCAAUAACCUCCACCCCGUCGAGUACCAGGACAUAUACGGUACCAUCGAGAAGCUGAUUGAGAAAUCCCUGCCUGCUUGGGACCUCUGCUUGGCACAGUACCGUAAUUAUGAGCUGGAGGGCGGCGGUAGAACAAAGCCCCGUUUCCCACGGCCAGACAACCCUGACGACGAAAACGAGGAAAACUGGACCCCACGGUUUGAUGAGAUGGAAAUGCCACCUAAGAAGAAGGAGGGUUCAGAGGGAUCCGUGUCAGUAUCUGGAUCCGACGUGUCCGACGACGAGUCCGAUGAGGAGGAGGUUGAAGAGGAGGAUGAAUAUGGCAAGCAUUACUAUGGAACGCCCGAACAAGUCCACUGGUACAAGACCCGAGAGCCAGUCCAGCCCCAAGCCCCCGAGUUUGAAGCAUGGGAGUAUGGGGUCAAGCCAGGUGCUUCUCUUCGUGAGCAGUUUGACGGCCUCCAAGUCAUUGUGAAAAUGGCUUCCAUCGAGAUCGGGCCUGGAAAGCCCGAGUUUCCUCCUGGCGGCUGGCACGUGGAGGGCCAGAUGAACGAGCACAUCGUCGGUACCGCCCUGUACUACCUGGACUCGGAGAAUGUCACCCCCAGCCAUCUGCAAUUCCGGAUGCAGACCAGCAGCUACCAGGACGACUGGGAAGUUGGCCAAGACUCCUUCGGUUGGAUGGAACGCGUAUACGGCGCCACGCUCCGAGGAGGCUCUUGCCUCCAGAGCUACGGCAGCGUUGAGACGAAGGAGGGGAGGCUUCUGGCCUUUCCCAACGUGUUCCAGCACCGAGUAUCCAAUUUCGGACUCAAGGACAAAACCAAGCCCGGCCACCGCCGUUUCAUUGCCCUGUGGCUGGUGGACCCUGUCACUCGCAUCAUCAGCACUGCAAAUGUGCCUCCCCAGCAGCAAAGCUGGUGGAUGGAACACACAUUCGACAAGCUCAGCAAAGACGACGCCGAAAAGGUCCCUCCGGCCAUUGCCCAGCUCGUCCUUGAGAAAGCUCCGGGUUGCCCGGGCUUGGAAGCAGCCGGCAAGGAGAAGGCAGGUCUUCCGGCAGAGCUCAUGGGCAUGGUGCGGAAGGAGUUUGGCGAUGCGGUGCCGAUGAGCCUCGACGAAGCCAAGGAACAUCGUUUGAAGUUGAUGGAUGUUCGAAGUGUCUUCCAGGACGACGCGAGAGGUCAAUGGGAAGCAGUAGAGUAUAGUUUUUGUGAGCACUAG